CACACACAGAGCUACAAAAAUGGCUGUUUUCACAGCUUCACUGUCUACUCCACCUUCUCUCCAAUUCUCGCACAGUAAAAACUCCUCCUCCUCAUCAGCAUCUCUAUUCAAUGGAGCACCGUUCACCUUCUCCCCUCGAACAAACUGUAAACAAUCAGUCUCUUCAAAAUCAAUGGUUAUCUUCUCCAAGAAGCUUUUCGGCUUACAAGAAGCCAUGCGAAUCAAAAGAGAACGUGAGCUUCUUCAGAGUAACGCCGUUAAGUUUCGGAAACGACCGCCGUUACGGCGCGGAAAAGUAUCGCCUAGACUUCCUGUGCCUGAUCAUAUCCCGAAGCCGUAUUAUGCAGAUUCAAAUAUAUUACCGGAGCUUUCUAAGGAACAUCAGUUUCAUGAUGCUGAAGGUAUUGCUAAAAUGACAGCUGCCUGUCAGCUUGCUGCUCGCGUUCUUAAUGCUGCUGGUAAAUUAGUUAGGCCGUCCGUGACGACCAAUGAGAUUGAUAAAGCUGUGCAUCAGAUGAUAAUUGAUGCCGGUGCUUAUCCUUCGCCGCUUGGUUAUGGUGGAUUUCCGAAGAGUGUUUGUACUUCGGUUAAUGAGUGUAUGUGUCAUGGCAUUCCGGAUUCUCGGCAAUUACAGGAUGGCGAUAUUGUAAACAUCGACGUGACUGUCUAUUUAAAUGGCUAUCAUGGUGACACGUCAAAGACAUUUCUAUGUGGGGAUGUCAGUGAUUCACUCAAGCGUCUUGUACAGGUGACAGAAGAAUGCAUGGAAAAAGGGAUAGUUGUUUGCAAGGAUGGUGCUAGUUUCAAGAAAAUCGGAAAGAGAAUUAGUGAGCAUGCUGAAAAAUAUGGUUACGGUGUUGUGGAGCGUUUUGUUGGGCAUGGUGUAGGGACUGUGUUCCAUUCUGAGCCAAUAAUAGUGCAUAGCAGAAAUGAAAUGCCGGGUACGAUGGUAGAAGGACAAACAUUCACCAUCGAACCAAUUCUUACGAUGGGAAGUAUCGAGUGUGUAACAUGGCCGGACAACUGGACAACUUUGACAGCUGAUAGAAGCCCUGCUGCGCAGUUUGAACAUUCUAUCUUAAUUACCAAAACUGGUGCAGAAAUUUUAACCAAAUGCUAAAGUAGGUAAUGUCAAUCAUUUUAAUUUUGGUCUCCAUAUUUUUUCCACCUAUUAUAUAUAUUUUAUGGUGAAGAGGCAAAUUCAUUUCAUUGGAAAUGGCUUCUUGUAAUGCUUAAGAUUAUUCAAGAUGUGGAAAGCCUACAAUCUUGAUUGCAGAA